CUGAUAUGAACUAUCAGUGGCUUCAUCCCAAGUCUUACUAAGAUAUUAUGUAAUUUAUUUCUUGUUUUCUUAAUAAUCGCAGAUCAACUACGUCUCCGUGCAUAAUAAUGAAACUCUCUUUGAUAUCAUCUGUUUAAAGAGACUAUAGCUGGUGUUUAUGCUGCGAUGGAGUAUGGAAUAAAAAGGGUCCGUGGUACCAGUGAUUAGUGGAUAUGGAUAAAGUGAAGGUAUUGUGUGCUUCUCCGUAUUUUAUUGGCACUCUUGUUUUAUUAAAGGAACCCAACUCAAACCCAGUAGCAUAUUCUUCUGCCCAAUUCUUUUAGGGCUUCUUCGUAGCACUCAUAUCCUUCGAAACAGCAAGCUUCAUUCUGCACAGUGGUUCCUUCUUCAUUCUUCUCCAUUCUUAUAGUCCAUUAAUCUUCUUUUUCAGGAAAGAGAUCAUUGAUGAUAGUCAAAUCAGUAAUUUUUUGAAGUCUCUUGAAAAGGAUGGAUGGUAUAAUCUUUAUGUAGUACAUGGAGGGACUGAUUUGGGGGAGAAAGAAUUGGUUAAUGUUGAGGUGGACAAUGCCUUAGAAAGUAGAGUUUGUAGGAUUAAUGGACCACAUCAGAAGGAUAACAGGCCCAAAUUGAAGGUGAUUUCUUCCAAAAAAAAAUGCUUUGAUAAGAAACAAGAAGCUUUAAGGAUUGAAUCUAAUGUUGAAGAAAAUGAUAGUGAUGUUGAUAGUGAUAGUGAUGUCGAGCUAAGUGAUGGAGAUUAUGAAGACAGUAAUGUUGAUGAUCUUAUUGCUGAGAACAUUGAUAUUAGUUGGAAGAAGGAGCUCCAAGAAUUGAGUCUGAUGUUGUGGAUGUAUUGAAUCGAGAGCUUGCAGAUGAGGAAGCUAGGAACAAUUAUCAGGAUACUGACGACAAAUUGGUUGAGUCUGAUGUUGAAUUAAAUAGCUUGGAUGGAUCUGAUGACGAGAAGGAAAAUCAUUAUCUAGUAUUCAACCCUGAUGUUGACUUUAAGGGUAAGGUAAACCUUUCUUUAGGAUUAAAAUUUCCUUCUAAUAAUGUGUUUAAAAAGGCUUUAAGGCACCAUGCUAUUGAAAAUGGAUACAAUUACUAUUACUUGCACAAUGGUGGUAAAAGGGUGAGUGUUUAUUGCUUUAAUAAGUGUGGUUGUAAUAGAGUGAAAGGAAAGUUUAAAAAAUGCUCUUGUACACAAAAAAAAAUGCACAUUUAAGAUUUAUGCUGUGAAAUUGAGGGAAGAGGAGACUUUUCAGAUUAAAACUUAUAGACCUGAGCAUACUUGUGGACAUCAACAUGAAAACAACAAAGUUACUGCUUUGUAUUUGGCUGAGAAGUAUUUAAAAGACUGGAGAGAAAAUCCGGGUUGGGAUUUAAAUGCUUUCAUAAAAAGAGUAAAUAAGGAGUGUGGAUGUGAAGUGAAAUAUCACAAGUGCUAUAACGCAAAAAGAUUUGCCAUGAGGAUGAUUUAUGGGGAUACAAACGAGGAGUAUAAUAGGGUUUGGGAUUAUGCUGAAGCUAUAAGAAAGUUUAAUCCAUGUAGUACAGCAAUAGUGAAAUGCAUUGGGAUAGAGUUCCCCCCUCCUUUAUUUCAAAGGAUGUAUAUAUGUUUAAAAGCUUGUAAGGAGGGUUUUGUGGCUGGGUGUCGACGUAUCAUUGGGAUUGACGGAGCACAUUUAAAAGGGCCAUAUCCUGGAAUAUUGCUGAGUGCAGUAGCUAAGGAUGGUAAUAACAACAUAUUUCCCAUAGCGUGGGCUGUGGUUGAAACAGAGAGUGCAGAUACUUGGACAUGGUUCUUAGCGCUUCUAGUUGACGACAUCAACUCAGUGAUAGACAAGGAUACUGAAAUUACAUUUAUGAGUGACAGACAAAAGGGUUUGAUAGAUGCAUUGAAAAAUGUUGUCCCACAGGCAGAAGUUAGAUUUUGUUGUAGACAUAUAUGGGAAAACUUUAAAAAGCAAUUUUCUGGAGAGCUAUUUAGGCAUUUAUUUUGGAAGGCGGCCAGAGCUACAACUAGUUAUCAUUUCCAACAACAUAUGACUGCAAUUAAAAGACAUAUCAAUAGAGGCGUACGAGUACUUAGCUACCAUUCCAAGUGCCCACUGGUCCAGACAUGCGUUUUCAACAAAGAGUAAUUCUAGAAUGUUACUGAGCAA